AGCAAUCUUUGUAUCUCAUACUAUCUAGAUAUUUCAGAAGUAGAGAAAUCGUAAGAAAAAGAUUUAAAAAUAUUUUAAUAAUAGGAAGUUGUUAUAAUUUAUGUUGUAAUAGACAUUGAAAGUGCAGAUUAUGUUGUAUUUGUAACGUUUUUAGUGUGUUCUUAGUACAUUAAAAUUUUACAAUGGCUAACAACAGAAUUCCCUCGGGACCUAACACACCUGGUAGUCAACAGACUCCUACACAACAGGGUAUUAAGAUAUUCAUACAAAGAGACUAUUCUGAAGGUACAGCCGUUAAAUUCCAAACAAGAUUUCCACCAGAGUUAGAAGAUAGGAUAGACAGACAAACAUUUGAGUAUACAAUAGAGAAGCUAAAUGAGCACUUUGACAUGGCAGAAACAGCUGACUGCAGCACAUAUUGUGAGGGAUGCUUGGCCUGUCUCACAGCUUAUUUCAUAUAUAUUUGUACUGAGACACAUUAUGAAAAGCAUCUUCGAAAGAUAUCAAAGUAUAUUGCCCAGCAAAAUGAAAGAGUGUACAACCCACGAGGAAUUCAUUUAACAGAUCCUAUACUACGAGGUCUUCGAGUAAUAGAAGUCACAAUUAUAGACUUACCAAACUGUCAGAGUCCAACUGGUAACUCCACUCAACUUCGGCACACUUGACCACCACAAGAAAAUCGGGAGUUCUUUAUGUAACAAUUAAAGUAUUGGUUUUAACGGUGCUUUGAAAGUGGGUUGUUUGCUUUAUAUUUUUUAAACAGUAAAUAAUGCACUUUAUUUAGUUUAUUACCAUUGUAAGUAACUGGCAAUGUAUAGUACAUUUUCUAACACAAAAGAUAAUAUUUUAAGACUAUUUGUUAAAUUUAAAUCAUAAUAAAUUAUAGAAAGUUGGAUUUACAAACAUCCAUCAUAAAGGUAACUCUAAAGUUUACCUAUUUGUUGAGGUUAAAAAACCCUUCUGAAACCUUAUAUGAAACACAGGUAUGCAACCUGGUGAUAUAUCCAACCAACAUUUGUGGGCAGCAAAAAUUUGUUGCACCAAUAUAUUAUAUUAUUUUUUAAAUCUAAACAUUUUUUUAUUUUAGUUACACAAAAAUUAUAAGGUGCUAAUUAAGUAAAUAUUUAAUUAUAAAUUUUAAGAUGUGCAAACAACCCACUCUAAGCUAAGUUAAAAGAGACAUUUAAUUGUCUAGUUGUUUUCUAUUUAGCAUUGGUAUGUCUCUAAGACUGAUCACUUCUACUUUAUAUAAGUGCUGUUUAAUAUUUUCUGAACUAUUUUGAGAACCAUUCCAUUUCUUAGUUCUUAUAUCUUAAAUAUUUUGAUUUAUUUAUUUAUUCUUUAACAGACCACACAUUAGUUUGCAGUUUAAAUAAGAUGUGGACUUUAAAAUAAUCACAAAUUGACAUUAAUUUUUAGUAUCACUUCAUACUAAGCUAAAGUGAAUAAUUUGUAGGACAAAAGAAAACAUUUCUGUUGCCAUGCUAAUGAUCCUUUGGAUUCAUAUUACAUCUUUAAGUUAUAGUAAACUUUUUUUUCUUUUUCUUUUUAAUUCUAGUGAAUUUACAAGUUAUAUUCAAGUAAAUAGAAAAAGUGAAUACUUUAUUUUCUAACAAUAUUAGCUGGUU